UAAACAAACUCUACACUGAAAUAAAGCUUCCUGCAUACUAAAUGACGACUUGAAGCAAAGCAUGUUCAGGUCAUUUUGUAAAGAACAUAUGCUUUUUACAUUCAUUUCUUUAUUCCUUCUUCCAUGUCUGUGUUUCCUUCCUUUAUUCCCCUCAAAAGUUUGAAUUUUUCACUAAACAAACCCUUAAUCCUAAGAGGGUCUCUAGCAAAUUAUGCAGGAUGUUGCAGCAACCAGUGGAGACUUAAAAACACAGAAGAAUCCAGGGAUUGCAGAAAUUAAAGAAGCUGAGAUAACACACGAAGAAGUUAAGGAGACUAACAAUUUAGAUACUAAAUGCGGAGAAAAAACAGAGAAAGGUAGUGAAGUUGUAAUAAAUAUUGAUGACAAAUUAGAGAGUGAUGACGAAAAUCAGGGAACAGAAAAAGUAUGCCGAAUAUGUCAUUUGAAUGAGGAUCAAUCCAUGGAAAUGUUGGAGCUGGGUUGUGAUUGUAAAGCUGAGCUUGGUGUUUGUCAUCGCCAUUGUGCUGAAGCCUGGUUCAAUCAGAGAGGCAACAGAUCAUGCGAAAUAUGUGGGAAGACAGCCAAAAAUGUGGAAACAAGAACAUUACCAGAGACGCAAAACAGAAUAAUGGUGGUAGAAUGGAACCACAGGGCAAUAGAGGCCAGAAGAAGUUCAUAUAUAUCCAAUUCCUCUGCUACACACAAUGAUUGUAGAUGGAGAUGUCAACAAUCUUGCUGUAAUUUCCUUCUUGCUUGCUUUGUCGUUGCCUUUACUCUCCCAUGGUUUUUCCGACUUAAUUUACCUUAAUACACACUCAAAUAUCUCUGUUCAUGGGUAAUACAUAAAACAGUACUACUAGGCUAAAACUAUUAGCCAACUAUACUCCUAUCGCCACACCAAAGGAAAUAAUUCACAGGUGUAUUUGGUGCGACGGAAGUCAUUUCUCAUGAAAACAUUUUUCAUGAUGUGGUCAUUUUCUAGUACUUGGUUACCGUAACAUUUUCAUAUCACAAUCAUCGAUAUAUACUCUGAUUAAAUUUGACAGCUCAAGGCAACACAGCCAAUUUGAUGCACCUUCCACAACAAUUCAUAUGUGAAUUGCAUAAUGUAUACAUAAAGAAUAAGGUAAAGAAGCACAAGUUAUUGAGCACCGUUUGCGGUGUUCAGGGAGAAUGAACUUUUUUUCAUCUAAAAGUAAUGACGCUAAGGCUAAACCAGGGAAACAAAUAAGCAGUAUAUCAUGGAAGUUGUAAUGCUAACAUAGAAUGUCUUUUUGCAUCUAAAAGCAAUGACACCUACCAGGAAAACAAUAAGAACCAUAUCAUAAACGAUUAAUAUAUAAAAAGAGAGAUUAUUAU